AUGUGGGUCCAAUAUUUCCUGUUAUUGCUUACCAAUCUAGUAAUUACAAUUAAUGCUAGAACAUAUGUAAUAAUUGACGAAAAAAUUGAAAAGUGUGUUGUCGAAGGUUAUGACCCAAAUUUUGAAAUUUAUGAUAUUUCCGGCCUUAAAAUUAUUCCUGAAAAUGACACGCAUACGUUUAUCAAUGGAAAAAUGAUACAACGUGUGGAAGUAAAAAGUCCUUGGGCAUUACAUGUCCAUAUGGAGCACUACGAUCGAGGAGAGUGGCUCCUUCAGGCUUUUUCAAAAAACUUUACUGACUUUUGUCCUGAAUUUAAAAGUCCAAUUCAACCGUGGUAUUAUGCAACAAAGCAUUUAAAAGGCUGUCCAACACCAGUUGGGCAUGUUCAUGAAUUUAAUAUGAUUCCUUUGGAGUUAUCUGAAUAUUUACUGAAAGCCAUUCCACCACAUUACAUGGGAAAAUGGAGUCCAUGGUUUCUUCAUACGCAUCUAGAGCAUCUUACGCAAGGAAAGUGGCUUCUUCAAGCGUUUACAAAAAAUAUAUCAGACUUUUGUCCAGAGUUGAAGAGUCCAUUGCAGCCAUGGUAUUAUGCAACGAAAAACUUGAAAGGAUGCCCAGUUCCAGCUGGACAUGUUUGGGAGCUUAACAUGAUUCCGCUUGAAUUAACUGAAAUGCUUAUGAAAGCUAUUCCAUCACAUUACGUUGGAAGAUGGAGAGCUGUUAUCAAUAGAAAAUUUAUGGUCGACGGCGUGUAG